CAUGCUCCUUUUCGCUCCAAGAUGUCUCGUCGUUUCAAGAUGGGAGAAGGAGAUUGGGUUUGCUCGCUGCCGAAAUGCGGGAAUGUCAACUUCGCAAGAAGAGACAAAUGCAAUCGUUGUGGAACGCCUAAACCUGUUGAAAGUGGACACGUAAAAUUGACUGGUGGCCAUGAAAUUGGAAAAAACGCCGCAGAGAAGAGCGGAGGAUUAUUCAGUGCUGAUGACUGGCAAUGUAAAGGCUGUGGUAAUGUGAACUGGGCAAGGAGAUCAACGUGUAACAUUUGUAAUGCUCCCAAGUUUGGAGUUGAAGAGGUGAGAACAGGGUUAGGAGGAGGCUUCAAAGAAAAUGAUGACAUAGAAUAUGUGAGGAGAGAUGACUCAGAUAGUGAAUAUGAUGAGUUUGGUCGUAAGAAAAAGAAGUUUCGAUCCAAGGACACCAAACAAGGAACCUCAGAACACAAUGUCGCAAGCAAAACACCAAGUCAUGCUGGGAGUACCAACCAAACAGACGAAAAUGAUGAUGAUGAGGAGGAGGACGAGGACGAGGAGGAGGAGGAGGAUGUAUCUAAAUACAAUCUUGAAGAUGAUGAUGACGAUGAGGAAGAUUUGGCUAAGUAUGAUCUAGAUGAGGAGGAAGAAGAGGGAUCUGAUAAGGACUCUAAUAAAUACCAUCUGGACAGUGACUCCUAUGCUGCUGAAAGGAAACCUGUAGGGGAGUUAAAAAUGUCAAAACAUAAGGGUGAAGAGGCAAUCACUUCACAAGCCAAGAGAAUGAAAGCAGCAGACUAACUAUUCACAAUACUCUUGGUGGCGAUCUAUUCAACCCUGACAAGCAAUCAAGUCUCAUCAGACCAAAAACAAUUUAGAAUUAUUAUUCUACAAACCUGUACACAAUAAACAGUCCAGCUGCUUUAAUAUUGAAAAAUGAAAGUCGAGAUUAGGCUAAUGCGUAUUAG